CGUUAUGUUGACGUGUGGAUUUUGUGGCUCACUAGCCUGCUAGCUGUACAACAUGGUUUAGCUAGUAGUGGCAAUAUAUCAUUAGUCAUAGAGCUGAAGUUUACCUCCGUGCAAAGCUGUACUAAAACAGUUAUACCUUCGAACAGUUUGAGAAGCCAACAAAUACGAUGGCAGCUGCCUGGGAAGAAAUCAGACGUUUGGCAGCGGAUUUUCAGAGAGCACAGUUUGCUGACACAGUGCAGAGGUUGUCAGAAAGAAACUGCAUUGAAAUCGUUUCCAAGCUGGUUGCAGAGAAGAAGUUGGAUGUGGUACACACACUUGAUGGCAAGGAGUACAUCACCCCAUCCCAGAUCAGUAGGGAGAUACGGGAUGAGCUCUACAUCCAUGGAGGUCGGGUCAACAUUGUGGACCUACAAAAGAUUAUCAAUGUUGAUUGGGUUCAUGUUGAGGCCAGAGCAAAUGACAUUACAAGAUCUGAUAAAAGUGUUCAACUGGUGCUGGGGCAGCUUAUCGAUGAAAACUACCUGAAUCGUGUGUCUGAGGAGGUGAACGAUAAACUACAAGAGGCUGGCUUGGUGAACAUCUCAGAACUAUGUAAAAACUAUGACCUUCCGGGGGAUUUCCUGACUGAGGAGCUGUCGAAGCGCCUUGGGAAAGUCAUCCAAGGCCAGAUGGAUGAGUACAACAGGGGAGUCUUAUUCACCCCUGCGUUCGUGUCUCGCCACAGAGCUCGCAUCCGUGGGCUUUUUAGUGCAGUGACUCGGCCAACACCAGUCAGUAACGUGAUUGGCGUCUAUGGUUUUCAGGAACAUCUUCUCUACUCUGUUUUGGAGGAGCUGGUGAAUACUGGCCGUCUGAAAGGCACUGUGGUGGGGGGCCGGCAGGACAAGGCUGUGUACAUCCCUGACAUCUACUCCAAAACACAGAACACCUGGGUGGACUCCUUCCUCAAGCAGAACGGAUACUUAGAGUUUGAUGCCUUGAUCAGACUUGGCAUCCCUGACCCAGUGAGCUACAUCAAGAAACGUUUCAAGUCCAGCAAGUUGCUGUUCCUCAGGGCGGCCUGUGUUGGCCAGGCCCUAGUAGAACAGGUGGAGGCCUCCGUGGAGGAGGCUGUCAACUCUGCCACAUGGACAGAUGUGCAGCCCAUUCUGCCCAGCUGUCUGUCCAUGGAGGACGUUGGCAUCAUAAUCAACGAGGCCAUGAGAAAGACCAACGUGCAGUCAACUGCCAGGAUCCUGGGCGACACUGUGGUGGUCAGCGAGAAGUUCAUCAGCAACUGUCUCUCUCUCUUUGAUGAGGCCAUGCAGCAUAAAGCCCUUAAGGAAGUCAAGAACAACCCUGUUUUCCUGAUAACGGAAGACGAUCUCAAGCAAGGCGCUAUGAUGACAGAAAACACCGCACCUUCCAAAAAGGAAAAAAGGGAGGCGGAGAGGAGGAAAAAGACUACAGAGGGUAGUGGCUGUAAAGGAGGUGGUGGAGGAUGCAAUGCCAGAGAGGUCAGGAUACGCAAAACCAAGAAGAAGGGCAGGAGGGACGACGACAGUGACGAGGAGGCGGCAGUCACCCCACAAAAUCGUAACAAACCGACUGAAGUCCCCUUCAUGUCCCUGGAGGAAAUCGCAGCUGUCCUAGAAGGGCAAGUGUGCGACUGCCCUGAAGAAAUCCUCUCCGAGUUGGCAGAACAUUUAGUAAGGCCUUUGACAAAGACCUACCAGGAGGUUGUUCGGACUGUGUUCAUGUCCUCCACUAUCUCCACGACCGGGGUGACCAAGAAGAGAAGUGUGAAAGACUUCCAGGAGGAGCUCUCCAACCUGUACAACAACAUCAGACUCUUUGAGAAAGGGACCAAGCUCUUCUCUGAUGAGACUCAGGUCCUCAUUGCCAAGCACGUCCUGAAGACUGUGUGCACAGACGUCACCAACAUCCUGGUGAAUUUCAUGGCGGCUGAAUUGAUGAUGUCAGCAGAGAAUCCCAGCUCUAUCACCAACGAAGUGAGAGUGAAGAUAUUAGGAAAAUUACCAGAGGAAACCAAAGGACCUCUUAUGAAGGUGCACAACAGUCUCAAUGGAAAGACGAUUGAAGAUUUUUUAACUAAUAUAGAAACUGCGGUUGAGGUGUGUGGAUUCAUGCUGAAGAAGGGAGAUAAGAAAAGAGAAAGACAGGCCCUGUUCCUUCACCGGCAGGCUCUGAUAGAGCAGCUGAAGGACACUGAGGACCCAGCCCUGAUUCUCCACCUGACCAGCGUGCUGCUCUUCCAGGCCAGCACCCACUGCAUGCUGCACGCCCCCGGACGCUGUGUCCCCCAGAUCAUAGGCACUCUGGUGGGCCGCAUCUCUGAGGAGCAGCACAGGCUGCUGACAGGCUACCAGGCCCUGGUGGUUAAGCAGUUGGUGAGCCAGAGCCAGGGAAAGAAGCAGGAGCAGGGGAAAGGAGAGAACCCAGAGGCGGGGGAUGAGGCAGAGGCCAUCCGGAAAGAGCUGGUCUCCCUGACCAGCGAGGUAAAGGAUCUGGUCCUCUCUCAGAAGAAGACGUCUGGGACUGAAGAGUAAAUAACAACUUUGACUGCUUUGAAGUUGGCAACUGCCGGCUGACUGAUUUAAUAAAUCGCCUAGCUACUCAGUAUUACACUGAACAAAAAAUAUAAAACGCAACAUGUAAAGUGUUGGUCCCAUGUUUCGUGAACUGAAAUAAAAUAUCCCAGAAAUGUUCCAUAGGCACAAAACUCUUAUUUAGCUAAAAUUGUACUUGUUUGUUUACAUCCCUGUUAGUGAGCAUUUCUUCUUUGCCAAGAUAUUCCAUCCACCUGAGAAGUGUGGCAUAUC